AUGCGAUCGUUGCCAAGUUCCAUUGUGUUGCUUCACACUCUUUUGGGUGCUGCAAAGGGACAAUUCAUCUCGCCGCCUACCGAUUUAAAGACUAGCAGAGGAUAUCUCAACUUACCCGUCCGAUGGAAAGAGGUCCCAAUAGGAACAUGCGAGCUCAAUCCCAACGUCAAGUCAUACAGCGGAUACGUCGACAUAGCGAGUGACCAACACAUCUUUUUCUGGUUCUUCGAAGCACGCAACAAGAAGCCAGAGGAUGCUGAGCUUACAGUAUGGAUCAAUGGAAUCAGUGGACCUGGGAGUUCCUCAAUGAUCGGUCUAUUCCAAGAACUGGGUCCUUGUCGUGUCAAUGAGGAUGGUGAAGUCGUCGACAACCCAUAUGCUUGGAACAAUGUUUCAAACGUGAUCUUCAUCGAUCAGCCAGCCCAAGUCGGCUUUUCGUACUCACGACCCAUCUCUGGCUACCAAUCGGACUCUGGAGACAUCAUCCAACUGCCAAAGAAUGAGUGUCCAGAUUACGCUGCCAGAACUGGUACCUGCGGCACAUACUCGUAUCCCGACCCCUCGUGGACGGCAAACUCCACGCAAAAUGCUGCACCAGGUCUAUGGAAAGCCCUCCAAGGCUUCAUGGGAGCUUUUCCGCAGUAUUCGAAGACCGAGUUCAACUUCGCUACGGAAAGCUACGGUGGUCAUUACGGUCCAGUCUUCAAUGCCUACAUCGAAUCUCAGAACGCUUUGAUUCAGAAGCAGACAUUACCCGGCGCUAAGCAUAUCAACUUAAAAACAGUCCUGAUAGGGAAUGGCUGGUUUGACGCUCGCAUUCAAUAUCCGACCUACUACAACUUCACCGUCAAUAACACCUACGAUGUUCCAGUUGGCACCCAGAGUAUCCGCGACCAGUGGCUCAAUGCCGCAUGGGGUCCAGGAAACUGUCACGAUAAAGUUGUGAAAUGCAACACGAGCGGCGAUAAAGCUGUCUGUGGAGACGCAAGUCAAUUCUGCACCAGCGAGGCCGAGGCCCCCUACGAUGAGAUCUUGGGCAGGGACGGGUAUGAUAUUCGGAAACUGAUUCCCGACUCUUUCCUACCGGAAUUCUACGUCGAUUACCUGAACACCCCAAAACUCCAGAAAGCGAUCGGCGCGUACACGAAUUUCUCGGAAUCUAGCAAUACGGUUGGAAAUGCUUUCAAUUCUGUUGGAGAUGACGCGAGCGAGCUCAACAUCGUCGAAGAUGUCAGGAAGUUGGUAGAUCAAAGUGUUUAUGUUGUUCUCUACGCAGGAGAUGCGGAUUAUAUUUGUAACUGGCGCGGUGGUGAAGUCGUUUCCCGGCAUGUCGAGGCACCAGGGUUCCAUCAGGCAGGGUAUGUCAACAUCAGCACUUCUGACAAGGUUGUCCAUGGUCAAGUCAAGCAGUCUGCGAACUUUGCGUAUGGGAGGAUCUAUGACUCUGGCCAUGAGGUUCCGUUCUAUCAGCCUCUAGCUUCGCUGGAGUUGUUUGAGCGGGCGAUCAAUGGUUUGGAUAUUGCCACUGGGAAGAUUCCGGUGCAGAAGGGUUGCGGGUAUAAGAGUAUUGGGACGGCGAAGAGCGAAUAUCGGGAGGGUAAUGCUACUGUGCAAUUUAAGGUGGUGCCGACGAAUGCUACUAAUGAUCCUAGCAUUGAUGGGCCUGUGUUGGCGUGCAAUGGUACGAAGCCUAGGACAAAGAAGAGGAAGAGGAUUGUGAAGCCCAGAGUGUCCUGA